AUGGGGAAGGAACAGAUCAAGAUAGUAGUCUGUGGUGAUGACGGCGUUGGAAAAACUAGCCUUGUGGCAUGCCUUGUGAAGGACCAAUUCAUUCAAAACCUCCAAAACUGUUUACCGCCAGUUACUAUCCCACGAGACUUCUCUUCAAGUCCAUUCUGUCCAAAGAGUAGCAUUCUGGUCGAUACAACAAGUUAUGACUUACCUGCAUUGCAUCGGGAACUGAAAAGCGCGGAUGUUAUAUGGCUUGUGUAUUCAGAUCAUGAAACUUAUGACAGAGUAGCGCUUUAUUGGAUGAUGAUGUUCCGUUCUUUGGGGGUUAAUUUGCCAGUGGUAUUAUGCAAAAACAAAUGCGAUGACUUUUCUGUCGAAAGCGAACCUAAAAGCUCUGUUCUGUCUCCUUCCGACGAUUCCCUUUCUGAUAGCACUAAAGUGGAGGAUGAAGAGUUCAUACCCAUUUUGCGAGAGUUUAAGGAAAUUGAGACGUGUAUUAAGACAAGUGCUAAAGACAAAUUUAAUGUCAAUCAAGCUUUUUAUCUGUGUCAACGGGCCAUUACACAUCCCAUCGCUCCCUUGUUUGAUUCUAGGGUGGGAGAACUCAAACCUUUGACUGUUUUGGCGCUAAAGCGGAUCUUUCUUCUUUCUGAUAAGGAUCAGGAUGGCUUCCUCAACGAUCAUGAACUGAUCGUUCUGCAGAAGCGGGCCUUUGGAAAGGCUAUAGAUAAAAGUGAACUCGAAUUUAUAAAAGAAACGCUUUUGAAUCUUUCCAUGCCUCCUCAAGAAUACGGCAGCUACACACUGUAUAUUCCCGACAAGGGAAUAACAAAAGACGGUUUCCUUGUACUUAAUAAACUUUACUCUGAGAAAGGCAGGCAUGAAACUACUUGGGGUAUUCUCCGAGCCUUCCACUACACUGACUCUCUCUCAAUAAGCGAUAAAGUUUUAUAUCCCAAAAUGGAUAUCACAGAUACCGCGAGCGUAGAAUUGAGCCCAUUAGGUUACCGUUUCCUUGUUGAGCUGUUUCUGACGUUUGACAAAGACAACGAUGGAGGCCUGAAUGAACAAGAAAUCGAUUUUCUUUUCAAAACCACUCCCGGCAUACCGCGGCUUUGGGCAGAGACUAAUUUUCCCUUCUCUACCGUUGUUAAUAGUCAAGGUUUCGUAACGCUUCAAGGUUGGUUAGCACAAUGGAGUAUGACUACAUUUCUGGACCAUAAGACAACAACAGAAUAUCUGGUAUAUCUCGGUAUUGAAAAGGACGCGAGGCUAGCUUUACAGAUCACCAAAUCACGGAAAAAGAGAAGGCGUAAUGGAAAAUUUUAUCGAGCACUAGUCACUGACCGGAAAGUUUUCAACUGCUUUGUUAUUGGUAAACCUUUCAGUGGGAAAAGUUCUUUAUUGGAAUCUUUUGUAGGAAGGUCUUUCCUGGAAUCGUAUUCUCCGACAAUACGACCACGGAUAGCCGUGAACAGCCUAGAACUUAAAGGCAGUAAACAGUAUUAUCUUAUUUUGCAAGAAUUUGGGGAGCAAGAGCCGGCAAUCUUGGAGAACGUUGAAAAAAUGAAAGAGUGUGAUGUUUUGUGCCUAACUUAUGAUUCGAGUGAUCCUGAGUCGUUUUCAUUUCUUUUCGAGCUCAUAAACCAGCACAAGCAUCUCCAAGAGUUGCCUAUGGUGUUUGUGGCAUUGAAGGCUGAUCUUGAUAAGCAGCAGCAGAGAUGCUAUAUUCAACCAGAUGAUUUUACUGACCAGCUUUAUAUUGACCAUCCUCUCCAUGUUUCUUCUGUUUGGUCUAGUUCGCUAAAUGAACUUUUCAUCAAGUUAACAGAAGCGAGCUUGGAGCCUUCAAUAAACACACCAGGGAUAGCUCCAGACAUUGUCAAAGAGGACAUCAACUAUUGGAGGUACGCCCUCGUAGCAACUUCCGCUGUUGGUUUUACUUCUCUAUUCACUUUUACAUUUUUUAAACUGUUUCGCAGCCUAAGAAACGAACAUUCGUGA